AUGGAUUGGGCUCAUGUCCACACUAUCACUGCUGCUCUCCAUGCUGAUCUUAGCAGAUGCUCCUCUUUCCUUCCCCCUGGUUGUGUGAUGGUGUCAGCAUAGGGCAACCAUAACAGACAGGAGCUCUCCUGAAGCCCUGCAAGAAUUUUCAUUCAGUCGUCUAAUGCAGUGGCAGCAAGCGACCACCAGAACGUUCUUUCUUGAAUUAUAUACUCACCAGUGCAAAAGCGUAAUGAGAAGAUGAUUGGGAUCUCUGCUGAAGUUACUCUUUGCCAUCACGAUAAUCUUGCACAAACAUGUGAAAAGAAAAUGUUGAGAUAUUGACCAUAUAAGGCAUUUCCCAUGCAGAUAAAGAAAACUGUGAAAUAAACCCAUGCCUUGGAACCGUUAUGUUAAAAAAGGCCAAUGAUUAAAAACAAUAAACAUAACCCCAAUCAAAUAACUUGCAAGGAUAAAUAAAACUUCUGCCAGAUUCAACAUUGAGCCAUACUUUGUGCUCUCUUCUUGACUUUUAAACUCAAGAUACAAUAGUUAAGAAGGGAUGUUUCCUUGGCACAUAACUAGCUGGAGCAUUCCUGAAGAGUAUGCUUGAGGGAAUCUUUUGUGUGACUGCUUGGAGAUGCUGGAAUUCUGGAACCACAUUGAGCUACCGUUCUGUUGCUCUUCCAUCCACCAGCAAGAACAAGAUAAAUAAGCUGCCUUGAGAUUUUGGAACUCCCUGCCAAGAAAUGCCAGUCUUCUCUUCCCAAAGAAGAUAACAGAAUUCCAGGUGGAAAGAAUGAACAUGAUGAUGAAUACCACCGAGACAUCCCAGUCAGAUUAUUAUGGAGAUGAUGGAGUCCUCUUGCGUAAUACCUCAAAUAUUAACACACAAGAAAUCCCCUAUUCAAGAUUUUAUAUUGAAAUACUAAUUUUAAUAAUCUGCUGCACUGGACUCCUGGGGAAUGGAACUGUCAUCUGGUUUCUUGGAUUCCGCAUGAAGAGGAACCCUUAUACCACCUACAUCCUAAAUCUGGCUGUUGCUGACAUCGGAGUCCUUAUAGGUUUUGUUUUCCGGUUUAUUUCUUUGCAGGCAGGGAAUCCACACCUUUCUUCAUUGAUCAAUUUGCAUCUAUUGAUGUUCAUGUUCUCCAAUAGUCAAAUUCUUCUGACAGUAAUCAGCAUUGAGAGGUGUGUGUCUCUCUUCUUCCCAAUCUGGCAUCGCUGCCAACGUCCACCGCGGUUGUCUACCAUGGUGUGUGCCCUCAUCUGGUCCCUCUCUUUUCUGCUUUAUGCAAUUAUGUUUAUUAUUGAUAUAUUUCAUCUCCCCGUAGAUCAUGAUAUAUUACUCUACCAUAUUCUUUUGACUGCUAUUUUCUGCCUCCCACUUGUGACUGUAUCAUCUGUGAUCCUUUCCAUCAAAUUCUGCUUUAAAUCCCAACAGCAGCAGCGAAGAAAAAUUUUAAUGAUCAUUUUAUUAACCCUCCUUUUCUUCUUUAUGCUGGAUUUUCCAUUUAAUGCCAUUCUUGUAAUUAAUUUCAUUUUUGACACAUUAUUUUCCGAUUUCUUUUUAUAUAGCUUCUUGUGUAUUUGCUUAAAUAGCAAUGUUAACCCAUUGAUCUAUUUCCUUGUUGGGAGAAAGAAGGAAAGUCAACCUAAGGAGAACACAGAGGAGAAUUCUGAACAAAGAGGAAGGCUACAGAUGGAAAACAGAAGACAGGCACUUCUGCUUGAAGCUCAUGUCUGAUUCCUCCUUUAGAAAUGCUAAAUGAUCUUCACCAUGUGUUUCUCCAGCCACGUUUUAAAGAUGUCCAGAAGGAGACUUCACCACCUUUCUAGGUAGUUGGCUCCAUUGAUGAGCCACUCUUACUAUCAAAAUCUUCCAUUGAAGUCUAUGCUCCUGAAAGUCAAAACAUUACAUCUGGUUUUCUUUGAACAUGGUCUCCUAGUUCCUCUGAACUACUGCUUAUUCAAAGUGCCAUAGAAGCAUUUAAAACAAGCAGAAAAUUGCUUUCAUUUAAAGUUUUUUUUUCAUGGAAUUAUAAUGACUCUUGGAAAAAAUGGACAUCAAUUGUGGUGAUAUAACCCAGAACAUCAAUUGUGUGUAUCUCCAUGAAGCAACAACUGUAAAAGAAACAUAGCUUCCACUGCCCACAUAGAUGUGUUCAAAUACCAGCCUCUGAAGUAGUGGUUCUCAACCUGUGGGUCCCCAGAUGUUAUGGCCUUCAACUCCGAGAAAUCCUAACAUCUGGUAAACUGGCUGGGAUUUCUGGGAGUUGUAGGCCACAACACCUGGGACCCACCAGUUGAGAACCACUGCUUUAAGGGCAAUGGGCCAUAUGUUAGCAAAAACCACCAUUGCUCAUCAUACAAAAUUCAGGAAUCAAAACAAAGCAAUUAACAAUAAAGGUUGGAACAACUUUAAUAUAAACAAUGUUUGUGCAUCUUUGUGUAUACUUAUAGAAUCAUUAAUUGCACUAGGGCCAACACUUUUGUUUUCUACCAAAAAAAAAAGAGUUGUUUGGGGCAAAACAAAGUUGUUUUCUAGCCAAAAAGCUUUUGUGCGUGCAAAUGUGUUUUUUCUUUGCAAAUCAUCCCUCCUCAAUGAUCAAACAUUCUUCAGAGUUUAAAAGGAAGUUUCACAAUCUCACUCAAAGUGGAGAACAUUUUUUUUAAAAAAAAUAUCCAUUCUUGUGGGUGAAAAUGAAAAUCCAAGACUGUCCACAUGUAUGGCUGAGAUUGUAGCACCUUUGUUUUCUGAUGGCUCAAUGUACACUAACUUUGCUUCAUGUGAAAGAUUAUCAAAAAUGUGUUGUCAAAGGCUUUCAUGGCUGGAAUCACUGGGUUGCUGUGAAUUUUCUGGGCUGUAAGGCCAUGUUCCAGAAGCAUUCUCUCCUGACGUUUCACCCACAUCUAUGGCAGGCAUCCUAAGAGGUUGUGAGGUUUGUUGGAAACUAGGCAACUGGAGUUUAUAUAGCUGUGCAAUGUCCAGGGUGGGAGAAAGAACUCUUGUCUGUUUGAGGCAAGUGUGAAUGUUGCAAUUGGUUACCUUGAUUAGCCUUGAAUAGCUUUGCAGCUUCACAGCUUGACUGUUUCCUUCCUGGGGGGAAUCCUUUGUUGGGAGGUGAUUCACUGGUCCUGAUUGUUUCUUGUCUGAAAUUCCCGUUUUUGAGUGUUGUUCUUUAUUUACUGUCCUGAUGUUUUCAUAGCAGAAGAAUGGAAAAAUGAUGAUAUAUGCAUGAAGAUGAAUGAAAGUGUAUAUAUAAUGUGAAUGCUGAGUAAAAAUGAAACCUCCUUUGUUUAUUUGUUAGCCAAUAUAUAGUAACUGUACGUUGUUUGUGAAUCCAAUGUAGCUACAUAGAAUCUGUAUGUUUGUAUGUCCAAUAUUGUUCUUUGUGUAAAAAUGUUGUUCUGCAAACGUUCUGAAAUACUCUGUCACACACUGGAAUUGCAAUAAAACCUUUGUUUAAAAAGUAUUCAUGACAACUUUAUUUCCCACAUCCAGAAUGAUGCUAAAUUCUCUAUCCUCCUCCUCCCCAAUUUCAAGGCGUAUCUACUCUAUAAAUUUGCAACAAAAGAUCCCAAAUGUGAGCAUGCAAAGAGUUCAAUUUCCAAACUACAUAAAAGUACUCCGAAGCACCUCCAGGUUUGAAGUGCAGGUAUCUCUGGAGUUUUAAGCAGUGCAAAACACUUUUCAUAUGCACUGGAGACUUUCU